GCCAUUGUGAACUUUUUCCCCCAGCGGCAUCUGCCAGUCAAUGAGAGUACCCGGCGGCCUGCAUCAACAGCAGGCCGAUUGAAGAAGAUGUAAAAUCUUCACAUACGAUGGCUAAGAAACAGACUCGGACGCCCGUUCACAGCGCGAUCACAAAAUGGCUCGAAACGUCGCACCUCCAGAUCUCACCUGCAGAUGCUCAUGAGCUACUCAGCACGGCGCCGAAGCGAUUCACAAUUUAUGAGCCCAUGGCCCUUUUACCAGCGGGCAGUUUCCUCAAACAUCCAUGGACGUUGUAUUUGCAGGAUGAUCUCUCGAAACUGUGGCCUCUGGUACUCCAGGAGCUCUCCAAAGCAAACGGCGUCAAGUUGACUCAUCUCGCCAUCACAGAGGGCAUCCCUCUUCACGAGGACGAUGACGCGUCGUCGGAGAAUGUUCUGCGCAGCCCGAUAGGACUCCGAAUGCUUCAUGGGGACUUUGGGCCCGCGACGUCGCCAGCCGAACCAGCACAGGCGGACUACGAGAAGGCACUGUGGGUGUCGACACGCCAGAACGGUAUCAUCCAGACAUGGGCACCUAGAUGGACCAUGUUCAGUCGGGGCAACGUCAAGGAGAAGGCCCGCUUGCUUGACUUCCCAAGAGCCGAGAAUUCCGACGAAUGGGCCGUGGACCUGUAUGCCGGGAUAGGAUAUUUCGUCUUCUCUUACGCCUCGCUCGGGUUUAGGGUCUUGGGCUGGGAGUUGAACCCGUGGAGUGUCGAAGGGCUACGAAGGGGUGCCAGAGCCAACCGCUGGAGCGUCAAGAUUGUGCAAGGCCAGGACCUAAGCCUGCCCCUAAAUGCCAUUUUAUCUGGUGACGAGCAGAUCAUCAUCUUCCUGGAGCACAACCAAAAGGCCCUGGAAAGGAUCCAGCAUAUGCAACAGAGCCUGGGCGUAGCAAAGGACCUUCGCCAUGUCAACGGUGGGUUUUUGCCUACUAGUGAGCCCGUCUGGAAAUCAGCACUCGACAUGACACAUGAGGCUGCAGAGACAUGGCUCCAUCUGCACGAAAACGUCGGCGUGAAAGAUAUUGGCGCCCGGCAAGAGAAGAUACAGCAGCGCUACGAGGACUGGACCUCCUCAGAGCCGUCCCCGAAACGGAGCGCCAGAGCCUCGCACGUCGAGCAAGUCAAGACCUUUGCACCGGGUGUGUGGCAUUGCGUCUUUGAUAUACACAUUACACGCUGA